GUUAACAGGCAGUGAGGAGGACCAGGUGAUGGUUCUCUAUAACUCUGGUCUGAGUUUCUCUAAGCGUCUAUAUACACGUCUGGAUGUCAGCUUUACUCCCGUCCACCUACACCAACCCCUGGAGACCAUCAUGAGACAACCUCUGGUCUACGUCAGAGACAUGGUGCCUCAUACCUGCUUCCAGGCCAUGUCACGGUUGAGCCUGCUGGUCCAGCUGAGGAAGAUGAAGGACGUUGUUCAGAACAAUCUGUUCCCGUCGGCUGAGAUGGUCCUCUCCAUGACCAAGGAGUUUGGAGCGGUGCACCCUGGGAGGUGGCAGCAGAGGCUGCUGGGUAGUGGUGUAGCAGAGGCUGAUGUGCUGUCACACCAUGGCUCAGAGAACACACAAUGCCACGUGGAUACACACAAUGCUCCCUAUUUACAGUGGAAACAUUACCUCUCCAACCAGCAGAUGAACAAACUCACCAAAGAUUUUAUACAG